GAUUGUUUGGAUGACAGUCGUCGCAUCCCCCCAUCUCCAGUUGUCCAUGUUCGAGGACUUUGCGAUGCUGUGGUGGAAGGGGACCUAGUGGAGGCACUUGACAAGUUUGGCAACAUCUGUUAUGUAAUGAUGAUGCCUUUCAAGCGUCAGGCUCUGGUGGAAUUUGACAGCGUGGAGAGUGCUGAGCGCUGCGUGUCAUUCGGAACCCGUGAUGCUGUCUACGUCGCUGAGCAGCAGGCUUUUUUUAACUUCUCUACCAGCCAGAGAAUCACCAGACCCACCAACACAGACGACCCCUCCAGUGGAAACAAAGUCCUCCUGUUGUCCAUACAGAACCCUGUGUAUCCCAUUACCACUGAUGUGUUGUACACUGUGUGCAACCCAGUUGGUAACGUCCUACGUAUUGUCAUCUUCAAACGCAACGGCAUCCAGGCCAUGGUUGAAUUUGAGUCAGUAAAGGAUGCUCAGAAGGCCAAACUGGCUCUGAAUGGAGCUGACAUCUAUGCUGGCUGCUGCACACUCAAGAUUGAAUACGCUCGGCCCAACAGACUGAACGUCAUCUGCAACAACAACACCAGCUGGGAUUACACCAAACCCUUCCUCCUGCACCGAGAGCGGGGGAAGGGGAGACAACGUCAUGCCAUAUUGGGAGAGCAUCCAUCUAACGGAGGUGGUACACACUGGCCCCUCUUGCCUCUACCUGCUAAAAGCCAGAACUGGAGGUACAGCGAGGAGGUGCAGGAGAGGAUCUCUUACCCGCUACUCCAGAAGACCUCCCCCACAUUCUCUUCCUCUUUCCUUGGCAAAAGCAUUACUAGCUCUGUCACCAUGGUGAGCGGUCUCCAUCCUGUUAAGAUGAACUGCAGCCGUAUUUUCAACCUCUUCUGUCUCUACGGCAAUGUCGAGAAGGUGAAGUUCAUGAAAAGCAUUCCAGGCACAGCAUUGGUAGAGAUGGGUGAUGAGUAUGCUGUGGACCGAGCUGUGACUCACCUAAAUGGUAUCAAAGUAUUUGGCAAGAAAUUCAACGUCUGUGUGUCCAAGCAACAGGCUGUGAUUCCCAGUCAGGUCUUUGAGCUGGGUGACGGCACCUGCAGCUACCAGGACUUUAGUCUAACAAGGAACAACCGCUUCAGCAGUGCACAGAGCAGCAGGAACAUCAUCCAGCCACCCGCCACUGUGCUGCACUUCUACAAUGCCCCACCAAACCUCAAUCAACACCAGUUGCAAAAGCUCUGUACUGAAUACAACAUUUCAGCAUUCUCUAAGUUCAAGGUUUUUGAUGCCAAACCCAGCUCAAAGACUCUGUCUGGUCUGUUGGAGUUUGACAGUAAAACUGAAGCUGUGGAGGCUCUGACAGUCCUCAACCACCACCAGAUCCGAAUACCCAAUAGCUCCAGCCCUUUCACCCUGAAGCUCUGCUUCUCCACCUCCUCCCAUCUGUGACCCAGAAACAAGAUGGCCCGGACAAACUGGAAAAGAGUUUAUUUGUUCCUUGAAACAAUUCUACUUUUUCAAUGGAUGAUUGCUGUGUGGUCAAUGUAGAAAAAAAGAUUUUAGCAAUAAACUAAAUAAGUGACACCCUUGAAAAUUAGAUAAUCGAGCCAGACUUUUCUUUGUUAACAUUUGUUAAUAUUUCAUCUCAUAGUUUCGGUGUAAUUUGUUUGAAUGUAAAGUGUUUGAAUUAGUUAAAUUCCUUACAGGGGCUUAAAAUGGAGUACACUAGGAAAAAUCUAAUGGGAAGCAAUUAGAAACAUUUGUCUUAGUUCUGUGUUCAGUCCAAAGACAAAUGAUGAUAACAACCUUGUUUUAUUUUGUGUAAUUAAAGAGAAAAUAUAGAGAGCUUAUAUCAUUAUUAAAGCCCACCUGCAUCAAACUUUUGCCUCAACUUAAAAAUAUGAAAGAAGCCUUUUAAUAAACUUAUAUUAAAUCAAAAAUACAGUUUGUUCCAAAACCACUAAACCACUGCUGAACUCAUUUGGUAGUUCUUUAAAGCUAAACAGCAACUUCAACUAAUAAAUUCAUGUCUGUUUAAAAAAACAAAUAUCUGCUUUUACUAUUACUGUGAGCGCCCUGAUGUUGUAUUUACUCUUCCCAUCAUCAAAAUGUAAAUAAUAUUUUGUAAAGAAGGUGCUGGGUGUAACUGCUGUAAAGUACUGUGUGUUAUGUUCACUAUAAGUAAAACAUUAACCCCAGGAACAUUUAUGCACUUUAUGGUUGUUGAUGAGUACUGCUCGCACUUCCAGUUGUUGGAUUAUAUAGCAUACCUUCUUUUUCCUGGAUAAUGUUGUCUAAUGCUGUCUUCCAAACUUUUUGAAUCAAACCUUAAAUACACUGCUUAAACCAAACUAAUUAAUUUUUGCUGUGAUAUAUUUGUGUUAUGAAAGGACGCUGAACAGCAACAGAGUUAAUAAAACUAUUGAUUUCUGUUAACUAACAGAAAUCAACCAGCAAGAUAGAAUCAUUAAAAAUGCGUUGAACAUGAAUUUUUAUUUUGUUUCUACGUUCCUGCAUCGUUUGAAACCAAAGACACCAAAGCAGGCAGAAGAUUUAAAGAUUGAUGGACUAAGUUUUUAAAAAACCUAACCCACAAUGUAAAUACAUACAUAAUUUUUGCUACAUGUCUGGAUCAGGCUAACUUUACCACUUAGCCAAAUGUCUGAUUUUUUUGUACAUGUUAAAAAAUAAUAUAACAGCAAUGAAGAACACAAUCAAAACAAAACAUAGUGAAAACAAGAUAAUCAUAAUAAAUAACAUGUUGAAAAAGGACUAGGAAGAAGCAUAAGCUUAUUUAAUCCCACUAACAUUUCUACUAAUAAUCAAUCCCUUUUUCUCCUUGUUUAUGCCCUAUCCUUUCAUAAAUCCUUCCAAUUUGUUACAUGGUUUUAUUAUCCCAAUAUACUGUUAAGAGUUAUGCAUAUUUACAAAUAUUUAAUACAUACAUGCUCAUAUAUACAUAUAUGUAUACACACAUAUGUUUACACACACACACACACACACACACACACACACGAAUAGUGGGUGACAGCACCAGGUCCAAGCCUACAUACUCCCUCUCCUUUGUGAAAAACAUAUUUUUGUGGCUCUUUUUAAACAGUCAUACUGGGAUUUUGCUUCAUCUUUUUACCCAGUCUUUUCCACAGGUAUACUCCACAUACAAGAUGCAACAACUUUUUAAAACCGUACAGAUAAAGGGAUGUUUUACAUUUAUUUUCCUCCUCAGAUUGUAUUUUCCCAUCCCUUUUAGAAUAUUGUCUGGAAGUAGGUUGGUUAUUGCUUUAAACAUAAUUUUAUAGAGCUGUUUUAAAUCUUGUUAUACUAUGUAUAAUAACAAGAAAGGCUUUCAAUUCAACUUGUGCAGUGUGAAAAUGAACUAGAUAAGUGAAUUUUAGUAUUUUGGAUUUGUAUUUACACUUAUUUAUGACAGGAGUUAUUUCUUAUUCUUCCCAUGCUGUAAGGAACAUUGAGUUAGGAUUCCUAUCAAUCAGGCUUUAGAUAGAGUCAACAGAGGCUCUGCAAUUCUUUAUGCCAGAUUUGGUCCAACAUUUACAAAAUAACUGUUGAAGCUCUUGACUACAUCAGCAGCAUUGUCCUCUAUGAUGCCAUUAUCAAUAAAAUACUGAGGAUAACUUUGUUGUGCAGAAAUAUGUUUAAUAAUAAUAUUCAAUAUACCCCAUAUUCCCUUAAUAUUGUGUUUGCUAUUGUCCAGUAUUUUCCUUUAAUUGUCCUUUGUAAUAUUGGUCAAUUUAUUUUUCUAUUUUUUUAAUAUUUUUUCUUUUUCUAAUCUUUUGUCUUUUUGUUCUUUUUUUAAAAUCUGUAUACAGUGUGCUUUUUUUUUUUUUUUUUUACACGCAUUUUGUAAACCCUUAGUGGUUGAACUGAAUAUUUUUGCUUUCUGCUGUAUCAUAUUGUUGAACAUUUUGUUGGAAGCUGCUACGCAAGUAACCCCAGUGGAAGGGGUUACACGAAUAGGAUGAGGGCCCGAUGGAAUUUUUGAAACAUUCAGAUUGAAGGCGCAACAACUAGUAGCUCAGUGUUUCAACAUUCGGAAGAAGGAACUGCUCUCACGGCUAGAGAUUGAUGGGGUACAACACAAAUGCUGCAGCAACGAGCAGCCAGAACUACAGGUCAGGGGGUAAAUUUUAUCACGCCCACCAGAGAUUGGGUACCAAGUCCCAAGUGCGAUAGAACAAUGAUUGUUCCAAGGUGUACUCUCAGUGGGGAACAAUAUGAGAACAGCACCACUAAGGUUGGACUGGAAAAGGACUGGGAGCAUAUGGGAGAAGGACGCAACCCCCUAACUGGUUGAGAAGGACGCUGGUUGGUAUAGCAAUCUGCCUAACUUUACUCCAGUCUGCCCUUUCCAAACUUGAUGGAGACCACUGAGACAUUAAAACAUCCUGUUCUACAAAA